UAGCUGUGGAAGAAAGACUUCAUUCUAUUGCACAGUCCAGAUCCACUGAGCAACCAUGAAGACCUUCAUCUUCCUUGCUUUCCUGGGGUUUGCUGUGGCCCUCCCUGUUGAUGAUGAUGACGACAAGAUUGUCGGGGGCUAUACCUGUGCGAAGAAUUCCGUCCCAUACCAGGUGUCUCUGAAUAUUGGCUACCACACCUGUGGAGGCUCCCUCAUCAACAACCAGUGGGUGGUGUCUGCAGCCCACUGCUACAAAUCCAAGAUCCAGGUACGACUGGGAGAACAUAACAUCGACGUCGUUGAGGGCGAUGAACAAUUCAUCAAUGCAGCCAAAAUCAUCAAGCACCCCAAAUACAAGUCAUCUAGCUAUGAUAAUGACAUCAUGCUGAUUAAACUGAGCUCAGCUGCCACUCUUAACUCUCGAGUAGGCACUGUCUCUCUGCCAAGAUCCUGUCCAUCUGCUGGUACUCAGUGCCUCGUGUCUGGCUGGGGCAACACCCUGAGCAGCGGCAGCAACUAUCCCUCACUUCUGCAGUGUCUGAAAGCACCUGUCCUAUCUGACUCCUCCUGCAAAAGUGCCUACCCAGGCCAGAUCAGCAGCAACAUGUUCUGUCUGGGCUUCCUCGAAGGUGGGAAGGAUUCCUGCCAGGGUGACUCUGGUGGCCCCGUGGUCUGCAAUGGACAGCUCCAGGGUGUUGUCUCCUGGGGCUAUGGCUGUGCUCUGAAGGGAAAACCCGGAGUCUACACCAAGGUGUGCAACUACGUGAACUGGAUUCAGCAGACCAUCGCUGCCAACUGAGCACCUCCCUCUCCCCGUGGUCUGUCCCCUGCAGUCACUUAAACUGCUCUAUUCAUGAAGUCAACAUCUAAAUAAAAGCAUUUUGUUCGGUUCCAUAA